AUGGACCCCAAGGGCCCGAGCAGCACCUUUAAACGGUCGUCCCUCAAACGCAGUACAUCUGGCUCACAGAAGGCACAAAAACUUUGGAUUGAGAGGAACUUCGUUAAAAGAGAAUGUAUUCACAUAUUUCCUAGCAAGGACCCAACCAGAUGUGCGUGUGGUCAGCUGACAACGCAGCACGCGGCCAUCCCUCCUGGUGCCAACUCAGUAGAGGAAGCGCACCAACUAGUGCAGAUUGACACCCCAAAGGACAAAUGGAGCGUGAUCAAGCACACAAGGACCUACCCAACAGAUGCCUUUGGCUUAAUCGAGUUCCAGGGAGGAGGGUUCAUCAACAAGGCCAUGUACAUUCGAGUUAGCUACGACACCAAGCCUGACAACCUCCUCCAUCUGAUGGUGAAAGACUGGCAGUUGGAGUUGCCCACCUUGCUCAUCUCCGUGCACGGAGGUCUCCAAAACUUUGAUCUACAACCCAAACUAAAGCAAGUGUUUGGCAAGGGCCUGAUCAAAGCUGCUGUCACCACCGGAGCUUGGAUCUUCACUGGUGGAGUCAACACAGGGGUGAUCCGUCAUGUCGGAGAUGCCUUAAAAGACCAUUCCUCCAAGUCACGUGGGAAAGUGUGUGCAAUAGGAAUUGCUCCAUGGGGGAUUCUGGAGAACAAAGAAGAUCUUAUUGGAAAAGAUGUAACCAGGCCCUAUCAGACAAUGGCGAACCCGCUGAGCAAGCUAGCUGUGCUCAACAACAGCCACUCCCAUUUUAUCCUGACUGACAACGGCACCUGUGGGAAGUACGGCUCUGAAGUAAAACUCCGUCGGCUGCUGGAAAAGCACAUCUCUCUGCAAAAGAUCAACACACGUUUGGGUCAGGGGGUUCCUCUGGUGUGUCUGAUAGUGGAGGGAGGUCCAAAUGUGAUCUCCAUAGUACUUGAGAGUCUGAGGGACGAGCCGCCCAUCCCUGUGGUGGUGUGCGAUGGCAGCGGCCGAGCUUCUGACAUCAUUUCCUUUGCACACAAGUUCUCAGAGGACGGAGGCCUGGUAAGUGAUGAUGUGAGAGAGCAACUUCUGGUGACCAUACAGAAGACUUUCAAUUAUAGCAAAAGCCAAUCGCAACAGAUCCUGCUCAUGGUUAUGGAGUGCAUGAAGAAAAGGGAACUGAUCACUGUUUUUCGGAUGGGUUCUGAGGGACAACAGGACAUUGAAAUGGCCAUUCUUACUGCCUUGUUAAAAGGCACAAACGCUUCAGCAGCUGACCAGCUCAGCUUGGCUCUGGCCUGGAACAGAGUGGAUAUUGCUCGCAAUCACAUCUUUGUAUAUGGACACAAUUUACCACCUGCUGGUGCCAUGGCCAGUGCCAUAAAUACUGCAGCCCCAGAGAAGCAAAAGAGUCCUGCCAGCGCUCCUCGCAGCAAAACCCGGGCAAAGAAAGGGAAGGGAAAGGGAAAGGCCAAACCUGAACCCCCAGAGGAAACAGACCCGAGAAAGUUGGAGCUGAUCCGUUGGGUGAAUUCUUUGGAGCAGGCCAUGAUGGAUGCUCUGGUGCUGGACAGAGUGGAUUUUGUCAAGCUGCUCCUUGAGAAUGGGGUCAAUAUUCACCACUUCCUCACCAUCCCUAGACUCGAAGAGUUAUACAACACGAAACUUGGUCCUGCCAACACACUGAAUGCAGUGGUUAGGGACAUCAAAAAGGGGAACCUUCCUCCAGAUUAUCAGAUCACUUUGAUUGAUAUCGGUCUGGUGCUGGAGUGUUUCAUGGGAGGAGCUUACAGGAGUAAUUACACCAGGAAGGUUUUCCGUAACCUCUACAAUAAUUUGUACGGACUAAAAAGGCCGAAAGCUCUGAAGCUUCUAGGAAUGGAGGAUGAUGAACCGAGGGCAAAAGGGAAGAAAAAGCAUAAAAAGAAGAAAGAGGAAGAGGUGGAAAUUGACGUGGAUGACCCAGAGGUGUGUCGAUUCAAGCACCCCUUCCACGAGCUGAUGCUGUGGGCUGUACUGAUGAAGCGUCAGAAAAUGUCACUGUUUCUUUGGCAGCGCGGAGAAGAAGCUAUGGCGAAGGCGCUGGUGGCCUGUAAACUGUACAAAGCUAUGGCCCACGAGUGCUCUGAGAGCGAAUUGGUGGAUGACAUCUCUCAAGAUCUGGAGAACAACUCCAAAGAGUUUGGCCAGCUGGCCUAUGAGCUGCUGGACCAGUCCUACAAACAUGAUGAACAGGUGGCCAUGAAACUCUUGACUUAUGAGCUGGUCAACUGGAGUAACUCCACCUGUCUGAAGCUUGCUGUAGCUGCUAAGCAACGUGACUUCAUUGCCCACACCUGCAGCCAGAUGUUGCUCACUGACAUGUGGAUGGGCUGCUUAAGGAUCGGCAAAAAUCCAGGCCUCAAGGUCAUUCUGGGAAUCUUCUGCCCUCCUCUGAUUUUACUACUGGAUUUCCGUCUUGGCGAUGACGCAUCCUACCAAGCACCUGGAGAAAAAGAUGAAGGAAAAGACAAGGAUGAUGACACUAAAUCCAGCAAGGAUGCUAAUGAUGCGACUUCCCGAAAAGGGGAUGAAGAGGAGGGCAGCACUAAAGUCCGCAAAAUCCCAAUUGGCAAAAGGUUCUUCGAGUUCUAUGAUGCACCAUUCACCAAAUUCUGGUUCAACACCAUUUGCUAUCUGGGCUACUUGAUGUUAUACAACUACAUAAUCCUGGUGAAAAUGGAGAGGUGGCCAUCUCUACAAGAGUGGACCGUCAUUGCAUACAUCCUUACACUCGGCACUGAGAAAGUCAGACAGAUUCUGAUGUCAGAGCCAGGAAAGCUGAAACAGAAAAUAAGUGUGUGGCUGGAGGAGUACUGGAACAUCACAGACCUGGUCGCCAUAUUGACCUUCCUUUUCGGGCUAAUGCUACGCCUACAGCAUGAACCUUACAUGGGCUACGGCAGAGUCAUCUACUGUAUAGACAUCAUCUUCUGGUACAUUCGCAUAUUGGACAUCUUUGGAGUGAACAAAUACCUGGGACCCUAUGUGAUGAUGAUAGGGAAGAUGAUGAUUGAUAUGAUGUACUUUGUGGUGAUCAUGCUGGUGGUACUCAUGAGCUUUGGGGUGGCACGGCAAGCAAUUCUUCACCCUGAUGAGGAGCCAACAUGGCGCCUGGCCAGAAAUAUUUUCUACAUGCCCUACUGGAUGAUCUAUGGAGAGGUUUUUGCGGACUCGAUAGACCUCUAUGCCAUGGAAAUAAACCCUCCAUGUGGUGAACAUUUAUAUGACGAGGAUGGGAAGAAACUACCUCCAUGUAUCCCUGGUGCAUGGCUCACACCUGCUAUUAUGGCCUGUUACCUCCUCGUGGCGAACAUUCUUUUGGUCAAUUUGCUCAUUGCAGUGUUCAACAACACCUUCUUUGAGGUCAAGUCCAUUUCCAACCAGGUGUGGAAGUUCCAGAGAUACCAGCUGAUCAUGACGUUCCACGACCGUCCCAUCCUGCCACCACCGCUCAUAAUCUUCAGCCACCUCUACAUCCUCUUCAACCGGCUGUUACGGCGGUGUGCCAAGAAGAAACAAGAUGGAGAGCUGGAUGAGAAGGAUCGAGGACUCAAGCUACGGCUGAAUCCAGAAGAGCUAAAAAGUCUGUACGAGUUUGAAGAACAAUGUGUGGAAGAAUAUUUCAGAGAAAAAGAAGACGAGCAGCAGUCGUCCAGUGAUGAACGCAUCAAGGUUACAUCAGAAAGAGUUGAGAAUAUGUCCAUGCGUCUGGAAGAGGUAAAUGAGAGGGAGAACACAAUGAAGGCCUCCCUGCAGACGGUGGACCUACGCCUGGCCCAGCUUGAGGAGAUUCACGGGCGAAUGGCAGUCGCCCUGGAAAAACUUGCAGGGGUGGACAGAUUGGAGCUGACCAGAACCUACUCAAGAAACUCCUCAGUGUGUGACCCCUCCUCCCUUCUUCGCCAGGGCAGUAUUAACAGUGCAGAUGGUUACAGUCUUUAUCGUUUCCACAUGGACAUGGAGGAGUUUGCAUCAAAGCAGAAGGACGCGGAGGAGACAACUAAAGCUGGUCUAGAAAGAGAGAGAAGUCUGCGGCAAGUCUCCAGCGUGUGUGCUCUUAACUCAAAAGAAAGUGGCCAGACCUUAGAGGUUGGUGGUUUGGACAGAUCCCGACCAAGUUCGUGCGUGGACAUCCUCAUAUCACCAUGUGAACAAAAGCCUGUUUCCAACACAUCAAGUCAAGAGACCUUAAAGCAAGGCAGCACGAUGCUCCUUGACAGACUGACAGAUAAGAACAGACUGUGGCCUUCUUCUCCUCCAAAAAGGACUAAAUCUUUGAAAUACUAUCCAGUAGAAGACCAACCAACCUCUCCUUUGACUAAGAGGAGGGCUAUGAGCACCAUCAUCAUCAGCCCGCCUGAUGAACCAGAGGAAGAAACUGAACCCACAGAGCAGGCUCUACCACUACAGGCAACGUCCUCUUCCCCAAAGAGGACUAAAUCAUUGAGGUAUCUCCCAACUGAAAGCCAAAUUUCCCCUACCACUAAGAAAAGAGCAAUGAGCAGCAUCAUGUACAACCCUGCUGAAGCAUGUGAUGAUGUGCUGCGAACUGCAGACUACAGGUCAUUCGUGGAGCAGGCCACCAAAGCACCAAACCAGUGGCCUGAAAACUUGGAGUACCAAGUCCACCACAGCACUUUGGGUCACAUGCCCAAGGUGUCAACAGUCCGGACUCUUGCACAGCAGUUUCAAGCAAGCCCCUUGAGCGCAGAGCUAGAAAAGGACUCGAUUCAGACUGAUCUUAGUCCUUCAGAAGGUAAGGGACUUCUUCCUGCUACAGAAGCUGUUGAAGAGCCGACAAAGAUAAAGGCCAAGAGGAACCUCUCAGACGCCACCAAGUAUCUGACUGUAGUUGAUGAGAGGUUCAAGCCAUCUCAGAGGUCACAGAGCAUGAAUGAGAGUGAGAGGAAAGUAAAGUACUUGAUGGUUAGUAAGGAGCUGAGAGCCUCUCGCAGUGAGAGAGACCUCACUGAUGCCAGUAGUGGAGCAGAGGAGAAGAAAACAGAGGCAGAAGACAGAGAGGAUGAUGCACAGGAAAAGACAUAAGGGCUAGACAGAGAGGGGACUAGUAGAAUGAAGAAAUAACAGAAAAUAAUGUUUAAAAAAAAUAAUGAGGAAGAGGAACUGAAUGUUGAGGAACUAAAGGUAGAGCGAAAGAACACAGUUUUGUUUUUGAAAGGCCAACUUUCUUUACUGCCUUUGCUUGUCAUUCACAUUACAUACAGCAGCUUACAAUCUUUCACGUAACAGAUUUCCUAGUCAUUAUGUUUUAACAUUGAAGAUGUAUAGGAAACCUGCUGGAUGUGUACAGAUGAAGGAGAAUUUGAAGUAUAUACACAACAGUAAGUUGUGCUGACAUAAUAUACAAUAUGUGAACAGCAAAAACAUGACCUUUUCAUAUAUGCUUGACACUUUCAAACACUGUCCAUAAACUUUUUUUGUUCAAUCACUUACAAAAUGUGCUUAAUAAUGAUCCGCUCUGAGGUAAUCCUACAGCUUUCAUGCAAAUACUGACAAUCACAUUACAAUAUGAAGUAUGUCUUUCAGAAAACAACCUUUCACAGUUUCAUUUUGACACAAGAACCUGUACAAAUUAAGGUUUAUGGUAAAAUAAAAGUUUAAGAUAA